AUGCCGCCCAUCGCCCGACCCCGCCGCAUCGUCGGCGUCUCGCUGAAGAUGUACUUCGACCUGCCCAGCACGCUUUCCUACGUUCGCGGCGUCUUGCAACUCGACGGUGACGCCUGGAACGCGCGUAUAGAUCUCUUCGUUAUCCCCGACUUCGUCUCCCUCACCGAAUCCGCCCGUAUCCUCGAGCCCUCGUCCAUCAUGCUUGGCGCGCAAGAUACCUUCUGGGAGGACAAGGGUGCAUACACAGGCGAGGUCAGCCCGCUGGUGCUACGCCAGGCAGGAGCAAGGAUAGUAGAAAUUGGGCAUGCGGAGCGCAGAGCCGUGUUCGGUGAGACAGACGAGACGGUGGCGAACAAGGCUGGUGCAGCAGCGAGGAACGGCCUGAUACCGCUCGUGUGCAUUGGCGAGAAGACACACCACAGCGUCGCAUCGGCAGCCGUGGGUGCAGCUAUACAAGAGUGUAAGCCUCAAGUCAUGUCGGUGCUGGCUGCGGUACCGGAUGACACCGAAGUGAUACUGGCCUACGAGCCCGUGUGGGCCAUUGGCGCAAAGGAGCCCGCUGACCCCGACCACGUUGUCAACGUCACAAAAGAGCUUAGGAAGCUGGCUGCCGGUAGGUCCGGCACUACGAGGAUUGUCUACGGAGGGAGCGCUGGACCCGGCACCUUUGCAAAGAUUUCCGAGGGCGUCGAUGGCCUGUUCUUGGGUCGGUUUGCGCAUGAUAUCAAGAAUCUGAAGAAGGUCAUUGAAGAAGUAGGCGGAGCCUAA